AUGGAGGCUCUGGGAGACGCUGAAACCCCCACCUCGGACACCCCCAUUUCGACAACCCUCACCUCGGACACCCCCGCCUCGGACACCCCCACCCCCGGCACCCCCACCCAGGACACCUCCACCGCGACCCCCGGCACCCCCACCUCGGACACCUCCACCCAGGACACCCCCACCCCUGGCACCCCCGCCUCGGACACCCCCACUGCGAGCACCCCGACCCCCGGCACCCCCACCCGAGACACCCCCUCUGACCCCGCCGCGGGGCCCGGGGAGGGCAGCGGGGAGGCGACGACUGCAGGGGGUGGGGAGGAGGCUCGGGAAGCGGGGGGCGAUGGGGGGGACACGGGGGGUGAUGGGGGGGACACGAACACGGGGGAUGAAGGGAAGGGUACGGGGGGCUCAGGGGGGUGCGCGGGGGGAGACGCUGCCGGGGAUGGCGGGGCAGAAGCGCCCCGGGGUGCCGGGAGCGAUGCCGGGGAUGGCGGUGCCGAUGCCGGGCCAGGGACAGCCGGGGGCACCGGAGGGGGCACCGAGGGCGGUACCGAGGAGGGCACCGAGGGAAAAGCGGCGCCGGCAGCAGCGGGCAGCUCCCAGCGCCGACAGGAACCCACUUGGCUUCAGGACGAGGAUGACGAGCUGUGGCCUGAGUUCCCUCCCUGCUCGUCCCCAGAGGGGGCCACCAGCCCCACGUCCCCCAUGUCCCCUACGUCCCCCAUGUCCCCUACAUCCCCUACAUCUCCCACGUCCCCUACGUCCCCUAUGUCCCCAGCAUCCCCAGUGUCCCCCACAGCUGGCGCCGCCGAGGACACGGGGGGCAGCACGAGGGCUGCUCCAGCGGGGGGGACACGGGACAAGGCAGCCCCCGGCUCGGCGGGACAGAGGCUGAGGCUGGAGGGGGCCGGGGGACGGCCACGAGUGGGGACCCGGGCACAGGGGCGCAGCGCCAUCCUGGAGAAGUUCGGAGGGGCUGCCAAGGGCCCAGCCCCGCACCUGCGGCGCUCGGGGGGGGCCGCCACGGUCAAGGCGAUGCUGCUGGAGUGGUGCCGCGCCCGCACCCGCGGGUACCCGAACGUGGACGUGCAGAACUUCUCGGGGAGCUGGGGCAGCGGCCUGGCCUUCUGCGCCCUCCUGCACAGCUUCUUCCCCGACGCCUUCGACUUCGCCGCUCUGGAGCCCAGCGCUCGCCGGGACAACUUCGCCCUGGCCUUCGCCACCGCCGAGGAGCGGGCGGGCUGCGCCCCGCUGCUGGAGGUGGAGGACAUGGUGCGGCUGCCGGUGCCCGACGCCAAGUGCGUGUACACGUACGUGCAGGAGCUGUACCGCUGCCUGGUGGCCAAGGGGCUCGUCAAGACCAAGAAGCGCUGAGAGGGAGGGACCCCCACAGCCCCCCAGAUGUGCCACCCCCUCCUCGUCCC